GCGGAAGUCGACAAUACGCUUAGUGAGUCUUCUCUACUGCGCAUGCGUCAGCUUGACUCUUGGUUACCCUCGGAACAGACUAAGCGAGCUUUGCUUGCACUGGCUUCUCGUGAUCCGAUUUCCACUAUUUCCGGCACUCCUAAUCCAUCAGGGCCUAUGCAGUCAACCUUGCCUGGCCUUUUGGCUACACCAAGCAUUGAUCUUCUUAGUGAUCCUUAUAAAACUCUCUUAGUUCAUUACCUACCUGGCAGGGAGGCCGCUGCUGAUGCAGUUAGGACUGUAUUAACUGCGGAGGAUGUCAGUCAGAAUGUAGAAGGCCUAAAGCAGUUGAUGGUACGAUUUCUUUUACACCAUUUAUCACAUUGA